UUACAUCAGAUAUCUUACCAUCAAACUUUUGCCGUCACAUUCCCCACCAAGCAUUCAAAUACUCCGGGAUUCCCGUCUUCCGUCACUACAAUGGCCUUACAAAUCCACCAUCUCCGGCCACCGAUUCCGCCGGCGGCGGCGUUGUGCUCAGUCGGAUCACUGUCUUCAUGGCCAACCAAACAGUCUACCAUCGCCGGAGACCUUCGCCGGUCCUUCUCAUUAGUGAAGAUGAUCGAUAGUAAAACCAGGAAAAACAAAGGUUUGAGGUAUUCGGUGAGGGUGAGAUCGAGCUUGGAGACAUCUGGUUCAGCUGCAGUUGUAGGUCAGGUUACUGAGGUUGAUAAGGAUACGUUUUGGCCAAUCGUUAAUGCUGCUGGUGAUAAGACUGUCGUUCUCGAUAUGUACACUCAGUGGUGCGGUCCUUGCAAGAUGAUCGCUCCAAAAAUUGAAGAAUUGGCUGAGAAGUAUCUUGAUGUUGUCUUUCUAAAGCUUGACUGCAAUCAAGAAAACAAGCCAUUGGCAAAGGAGCUAGGCAUAAAAGUGGUUCCUACCUUCAAGAUUCUUAAACAAGGUAAGAUUAUAAAAGAAGUUACUGGUGCUAAGUUUGAUGAUCUAGUUACUGCUAUGGAGGAUGUUAGAUCCAGUUGAACAACUAUAAUGUUAAGAAUUCUUAUGUUUCAAAUUGAUUAUCUCAAAACUGUUCGAAUUCCGCCUUUCAUAUGCCUAACAAAUGUUACCCUUUAAGUGC